AUGUUAUCAUUUUUCCAUUCUGUUUAUAUAAUUAUAAUAUUUUCUUUUAUUAAUGGAAAGGAUGUACCAACACCUGAUCGACCUAAUAUUGUUGUUUUGAUGGUUGAUGAUAUGGGUUUUGGAGAUUUAAAUUCAUAUGGAAAUCCAUCACAAGAAUUUAAUGAAAUUGAUCAAAUGAUUAAGGAGGGAAGAAAAUUUACAUCAGCAUAUAGUGCUGAUUCAAUGUGUUCACCAAGUAGAGCAGGAUUUUUAACAGGAAAACUUCCAAUACGCCUUGGAAUUGUUGGUGGUUCAAGGGUAUUUAUACCAUCAGACAAAGGUGGUCUUCCAAAAAAUAUAAAAAUUAUGUCAGAGAUGCUUAAAGAUAAUGGUUAUUUUACAGGAAUGAUUGGUAAAUGGCAUAUGGGUAUUAAUAAAUAUAAUCAUUCUGAUGGUGAAUAUCUUCCAAAUAAACGUGGUUUUGAUUAUACAGGAAUAAAUUUACCCUAUACUAAUGUUUGGGAAUGUGAUACAACAGGAAAAUAUUAUAAACCUGGUCCAGAAAAUAAAUAUUGUUUUUUAUAUAGAAAUAAUCAAAUAAUUCAACAACCAAUAAAAUUUGAUAAUUUAACUAAUCGUCUUGUUGAUGAUUGGAUGUCAUUUUUAAAUGAUCGUAUACAAAAAGAUCAAAAUAAUUCACCAUUCUUUUUUUAUUUCUCUUUUCCUCAUAUUCAUACAACACAAUUUGCUGAUUAUCCAUUUCGUGGAAUGUCAAAACGUGGAAUUUUAGGUGAUAAUCUUAAUGAAAUGGCAUGGGCUGUUGGUAAAGUAUUAGAAUCAUUGAGAAUCGCAAAAAUUGAAAAAAAAACUUUAGUUAUUUUACUUAGUGAUCAUGGACCACAUGUUGAACUUUGUAAUAAUGGUGGUAGUACUGCUGGAUUGAAAGGUGGUAAAAGUAAUAGCUUUGAAGGUGGUUUUAGAAUUCCACUUGUUGCUUGGAUGCCUGGUACGAUUCCCCCUGGUACUGCAUCAGAUAAAGUUAUAUCUGCAAUGGACUUUUAUCCAACAUUUGCAGCAAUAAGUAAUGUUAAUAGACAAAAUAAAAUUACUGCCACAAAAGAUAUAUUGGAUGGAAUUAAUAUAUGGCCUGAAUUAAUAGGAAAAAAAUCUAAGAGACGACAGGUAACAAGUAAUAACUUUGAAUAUGACUAUUUAACAAAAAUAAGUUACAAAAGACCAAUAUUUUUUUAUUGUAAUAAACAUUUAAUGGCUAUACGUCGUGGUGACUUUAAAAUUCACUACAAAACUUCACCUAUAUUUUUAAAUUCAACAAAUGACAUAAAAUUAGAAGAUUAUUGUCCUAAUGGAAAACCAAAAAAUGAUUGGUAUGUAUCACAAACAUGUCCUGAUAAGGAUCUUAUUACUCAUAAUCCACCAUUAAUUUAUAAUAUAUCAAAAGAUCCAUAUGAAUUAUAUCCUUUAAAGGAUAAUAAAAUAGUUAAAAUGAUUAGAGAAGUAUUUAAAGAUAUUAUGGAUAGUCACAUACAAAGUAUAAUUCCAGUUCCAGAUCAAUUAGGAAAUUAUGACCCAAAUGUUAUUCCAUGUUGUGAUCCUCCAAAAUGCCGUUGUGAUAAACUAACAUAA